AUGGAUCGAAUUGAGCGCGCCGAGGAUUCUGCCAGCAAUGGGAGUCCGAAUCCCCCCCGGCCUCCGACACAGGAAGUCUUUCCGACCCUUCCUGAAGAGACCGGUUCUCAACAACAGCCCGCAACGCGACCUCUUCCCAGAUUAAGACAUCGAAACCGCCAGCCGAGUAUCAGACUACGUCGUCUCUCGUCUGCCUCGAGCCUUGGACAACAAGAGACGGCCGGAUCCACUGAGCAGUUCCCCCAACUUACCCCGCAAGCAACGACAGAGCAGAAGAGCAAUAUCCCUCUGAUGGAACAGAGUCAAGAUGACUCAUGGGAAGGUAACAGGCGUCGCAGUAACUCAGAACCGCGUCCUGGCCGUUAUUCAUCCCCGCCGAUUAUUGUGACUUCUGGAAUACCAAUCUCUAGGCAGCACCCGAUGUCCCCGGUUAAAGAAGAGACUGGAUCUAUAUUUCGACCAUCUACUGACCUGAACAAUGCCGAACGACUAGCGGCUUUACGUGAUAUUUCGCUUCCUGCUACCGGGGAUGGUGGAACACCAGCACAAGAAACGCUAGCACAUGGACAAACAUCAACUCGCGCAACACCACGACUGGGAAUGCUACGUCGGGCCAGUGUCGCAGCAUUAUCGGCUAUAGGCCGCAAUCGUGCUUCCACAGUAGCUGGUGCUGAUCCUGCUCGACACGCACCUGCUCCGGAUGAAUAUGAUUCGCGCAUUGUUGAUUUCCUAGAUGUGAUCGAUCCUGAAAUCUCGACGCUAUCCACCCUUACCAACGUCCAAAAUUCGCUUUUCGUUCCGGAUCUUGGCCCUUUGCUCAAUCGUAUGCCCACAUACACUCUCACGCGACGGCCUAGUAAAGUAGCCGAAGGUCUCGAUGCUAUACAGAAAAAGCCAGAGCCAGUCGUAGCAGAAGAGCCCUUGCAGACCAUAGCGGAGCGCCCGCCGCUAGUUUCUUCGAUGGCUUCUGCAUUGGGACCUGAACGGUUUGCUAUUCUACCUGAUGGAGUGACUCUAGAUGGAUGGACGCAAGAGGAUAUAGAGGAAUUGAACGAUCAUGUCCGGCACAUGCUUCAUUCUCGUCGGUCAAAGUUCAAGCGGGCUAUGAAAGGGUUUGGACAGUAUGUUAGACGACCACUUGGAUUUUUGGUUACCUUAUAUGCAACGUUGAUUACUCUUUUUGGUCUGGCCUGGGUUCUCUUUUUAAUUGGCUGGAUCAAUGUCGGGGGAAAACAGCUAUAUGUCAUCAAUGUUAUCGACAACGUGCUCGUAGCUCUCUUUGCCAUCAUGGGGGAUGGUCUGGCACCAUUUCGAGCCGUCGACACCUACCACAUGAUAUUCAUCGCUCACUACCACCACCUAACCUGGCGCCUACGUAAAAAGCGUACACUCCCCGACCUCGCCGACAAAAAUGACCUUCCAUCUCGCCGACCUGAAGACGUCGUCGACCUUGAGCGCGACGGCGACCCUGCAACAGCCGAAAAAGGACCACUAGAAUACUCGAUUCUUACACCCCUCCAACAACAACGCCUUGAACAUCACCAACGCAAAUUCGCCAAAUCGCAUACCUUUUACAAACCCCAUGAAACCCUCACUCACCACGCGUUCCCCUUGCGAAUGCUAGUCGCUAUCGUAGUCAUUCUCGACUGCCACUCCCUCUUCCAAAUCGCCCUGGGCGUCUGUACAUGGAGUAUAAGUUACCACGUGCGCCCUUUUGCGCUCACAACCGUCAUCCUCUGCUGUUCUAUCACAUGCAACAUCACAGGCGGUGUGCUGAUCUCCAUUGGCGACAGAAUCACGCGUAAAAAGGAUGUUGUCGAACGCAUCGCCCGACAGGGUCUGACGUGCGAAGCCAUGAAGAAAGUCGAAAAGCGGAAGAUGAGGGAGGUUGAGCAGAAUCGGACAUCAAUGGAUAUUGCGGAGCCGUAUCAUGAUGCUUGA